AUGAAUAAUUUAAGAAGAUUCAACCCUAUUUCCAAGAAAUGGCAACAAAAUACAUGUGAAAAAAUUGGGUUAACAUUCUAUGAUUUAGGUCUUUUUGAUGAGAUUUAUGAAAACCAGAAUCUCGGGGAACCAUUGGAUUGCUUAAAGAUCAUAGGAGACGGAAAUUGUUUAUUUCGGUGUCUUGCCUGUGUAAUUUGUGGUGAUGAAGAAAAACACCAUUAUUUUAGACAAAUUAUUACAUCUUUUAUUUCUGAGAGGAAGGAAGCAGUAUAUAAUAAUGAGUAUCCAAAGGAGUACUUGGAAAGAAGUCGUAUGCGAGAACGUGGAAUUUGGGGAACAGAAAUAGAGCUACAUUACUCUGCUUUAUACUUCAACAUAACCAUCUAUGUUUAUACCAAGUAUGGACCAAAACAUGAUUGGUUAGAGUUUAAACCUGCAUCUCAAACAAAUGGCAAAGCUAUUUAUCUUUAUCAUAGAGAUGGCAACCACUAUGAUGUUGUUAGAUCCGUUUCCAAACCUAAUGAUUCAAUUAUAUUGUGUACACCGGGUUUUGAAGAAGAAACAGUGAUACUUACAGAAGAUUCUGACACACAAGAGGAUUCUUCUGUGAUCAACUUGUCUGAUUUUCUCAAGGCAAUGAGUUUUGAGGAUGAAAAUGGAAGUUCAAAUAUGAUAGAGGACAAUGCUUUAGAAACCUCUAAGACUGACCCAUUUGAGUUUGAAGAUGAGGAUUUCCUCUCCUACUCCACAAUACCAACAAAACUCACCUCAACACCUAAGAAAUCAAAGCUGAAACCUUUGAAAGUUGAAAUAGAAAACUCUGACACUGGAAUCAUGAAAAGCUCUGAGAGACAUACCACUGGCUAUAUCAAAAAGGAAAAGAUGUCGCAAAUACUGCCUCAAAACUAUCAGUGA